ACUAUUUUUGUUGUCUGGAUGUUGUUUUUAUGUGGAACUCAGUCGACAACAACUUUCUAAAAAAAAAAAAAAAAGCGCACCAUAGAAAAGAAGUCGACAGGACAACAUAGAUCACAAUGGGCCAGGACAUUCGCUUUCCAGAUGGAUGCGAUUCGCUGUUGGAGCGAUGCGUUCACAUCAUGCACACGAUCGAUCCGAUUGAGAAAGCCGACUUGACACUUCUUCUUGGACAGCAGUGGCGGGAAACCAUCAAGGCCCGCGAUAGCGACAACGCAAAUGGCAUGACACUGAUGAAAGUCGGCCGUGCAACCCCGCCAGAGAUACCGUUGCGACCUGACAAUCUCGAAUUUGUCCGACCUGGCUUUGGGGUCAAGGUCGGCAAGGCUGGAUCGCUCUCAAGCAGGAUCGCCAUCUUGCACGCCCUGGCAAACGUGGAACAAUGGGCGAUCGACACUGCAUUGGACAACAUGGCACGCUUCGGAUACUACACUCAGGCCACUGCUGGCACAACUCUCAAGGAUCGGCCCGAAAACGAACAGGAGAAGGAGUUUCUGAUGCCAAAUAGGUUCUUUGACGAUUUUAUGCAAAUGGCUUGUGACGAAUCUAAGCACUUUAAAUGGCUGAACGAGCGGUUAGAGUCACAGGGAGCGCAUUAUGGGGACCUACCUGUCCAUGCCUCGAUCUGGGACUCUUGUACAGACACUGCUCGCUCGGCUCUCGCACGUAUGGCCGUCGUGCAUAUGACGAUCGAAUCUCGAGGACUGGAUGUUAACCCGGCAACGAUCGCUCGUUUCGAUCGAAGUGGCGAUACGGAUUCUGCAAGGAUGCUGCAAAAGAUUCACCAGGACGAGGUCACGCAUGUUCAGAUUGGACAUCGUUGGUUCUGUUAUCUGCUGAAAAAACACGAGGGCAUUGGAGCGGCAGCAGUUACUUCAGGUGCCAUCACGACUGGGGACGAAGCUUCGGAAGAGGCAUCGGACAGCAGGGCCUUUGGUGCUGGCGAGAGUCAAGACACGGAAAUUGAUGACGCCGAUAACGACUUGUACGAGUUUCGACAAGUCACGCCGGCAUAUGCGCAAAAGGAGGACGGCACUCCAGGAGAAGAGAUCGUGGAUCCUAUCGAGGCGCAACGACGGAGACGGUUCCAGGAGAUGGUGGUGCAAUACUUCAAGGGAUCUCUCAAGCCACCAUUUAACACUGCAGAUCGAGAGAAGGGUGGAUUGACACGGGGGUGGUACGAGCCGUUGGUUGUUGUUCGGGAGAGAACAGGAUUCAGACCGUCUGCUGGAAGGCGACUGCAGAGCAAGAAAGGGAAAACAGAGGGAGUAGACGGCAUCUCUGAAGCAAAUACUGCAGUUAGUGCCACAGGAGAAGAGUCAGCAGUAAAGAUCAGUGCAUCUACUUCGGAAACACCUAUGACUCCAGCCCCUAGUGAACCUGCGCAAGCUAUGAUGGAGAAAGAGGCUGUUUAGAACAGCAGGGCAAGGCAUCGAAGCAUUCAAUAGACAAUAGAAGCGUUUGCGGACGAAACAAAUUCGAUAUCCACAAAGACACAGGGGUUUCUUUGAAUGGAGAUCAUGGUCUAUUCCUCAGCAAAUAGGUAGCCUCAGAGCCUUUUAAAAGCUGCCGCAUCUUGAACAAAGCCGUUAUAUUCACUUUUUCUUUUUCCAUGAUGUGGU